UUUGACCAGAAUUUAUAAAUAAUAUUUAAAAAUGGCUGCUAUAAGAAAAAAACUUGUAAUUGUUGGUGACGGAGCCUGUGGCAAAACAUGUCUACUUAUUGUAUUUUCAAAAGAUGAGUUUCCAGAAGUCUAUGUUCCAACUGUUUUUGAGAAUUAUGUUGCUGAUAUUGAAGUUGAUAGCAAAGCUGUUGAACUCGCACUAUGGGAUACAGCUGGUCAAGAAGAUUACGACAGAUUGCGACCUCUGUCCUACCCUGAUACAGAUGUAAUUUUGAUGUGUUUUUCUAUCGAUUCCCCAGAUUCAUUAGAAAAUAUUCCAGAAAAAUGGGUUCCUGAAGUAAAGCAUUUUUGUCCCAAUGUGCCAAUACUUUUAGUUGGAAACAAAAAGGAUUUGAGGAAUGACCCACAUACGAUGAAAGAAUUAAAAAGCCUCAAACAAGAACCUGUAAGUGCGGACUAUGCUCUAUCUGUGUCGGCAAGAAUAGGAGCACAAGGUUACCUUGAAUGUUCAGCCAAAACAAAGGAGGGUGUGAGAAAAAUAUUUGAAACUGCUACUCAAUUAGCAAUAAGUAAAAAGAAGAAGCCAAAACACAAGCCCUGUUUAGUGUUAUAAAGAUCACCUUCUUCAUUCAAAACUCGUUGCAUGCCAUGAUGUAUUUCAGAGCACUAUCAUGGACAUGAUUAUAAAAUGUGCACUAUUCUCACUAAUGCCAAUCACCAUGUAGGGAGAUUACAAAGAAGUAUUGUCGUCUGCAUGUUUCUCUUUUUAUUUAUAAUUAUUCUUAAUAUCCAAUUUUAGAUUGCAAACUAUUCUUAAAAAAAUAUUUUGAUUAAUUUGUCUACCAUAUCAACAUUUUAAAUUUUAUGUGAAUUGUAUUUUGUCAUUCAGAUAUGCUGUUUAACUAUAAUGAUUUUCUCAUUUUGAGUAUUGUGUUAUACAACAAGUCUAUGCAGUGCACAGCAAGUUUUUUAAAUACUUUUUGAACCGGAGCGGGGCUUUUCAAUCUCUGGAACCUUAUGCACUUAAACGUAUUAGAGCAUGUGUAGAAUCGAUUUCAGAUACAGAGUUGGAAAGUCACCCACUCCAUUGUUUUGGUUGAUUAGUUUUUGGUAUUUACUACAUAAACUAGUUAAAUGGUUUUAUCAAAACAUUCUAGUCUUCAAUCGAAAAUACAUACCGUUCUCUACCAUACCACCGUUGAAGAAUUAAGUCACUUAUAUUGUCUAUACUAGACAAUUUUUGCUCAAAUGUUGACAUUGUUUUUCACUUUAUCAAACAAAACUAGUUUGCGUAUUUUAUACUUCGCGUAUUCUUUAACUGGAGAUGGUAAACUUAAUGUAAAAACUACUAUUUCAGAGGUUGAAAAGCGUUGCUUCAAAGGACAAACAUUUAAUUUAACGAAUGUGCCAAAAUAGAAUGUUUCUCACAGUAAUAUCUUGUUAGUCCAAGUGAUCGAUUGACUGAUUUAGAAUUCCUGUGCAAUGUUGUCUAUCAAGCUCUGGAGAUUAAUGAUGAAUUAGUUUUGUCUAUAAUUACCUCAAAAACAAGUAAUCAAGCCUGAAAUUGUCUUUUGUAUAGGAGAAUUCAAAUUAUUUAAGAAGUACUUAUUUUUAUUUUGACAUUCGUUUGUUAUGCCACGCUAACAUUUAUUUGUCAAAUAUAGAGUAACUUUUGAGCUUCAAGUUUUUUUAUUAUUUCUUACUAACAGAAGAUUUCCUUUCGAGUCGCCAUGUUAUAGCACUCCCUGUUUUAAAGAUGUAUACUGAUUUUUAUCAUCGACUGGAGAUAUAAAUACAGUUGUAUGUUUGUCAAUAAUUUUGAGAAAUUUUAUAAGUGAUGUCAUGUGCUUUACGUCUUUGUUAUAGUUAAGGCAUAGCCACAAUCUCUAUUGUUAUUAGUUGAGUGUUUCAAAGACAUAUGAUUUUCAAAGCAAGGUGACAAAUUUGUGAUUGCUGAAAUUAACUACUACUGUUUACUUGUAAUGCAGUUAAUUUCUCAUUUCACCUUAUGUGCAUUUAGCCAUCUUCUACUUUUGUUUUCAGAGGGCAGUUAUGAUUGUUAUUUAUACUUUGGCUUAAUUUGGCUGUACCAAACUGAAUACAGUGCCAAUGUAGUGCUAUUACCAUUACCAGCAUUCUAAAAUAACUUAAUAAUAAGUGGGCAACUCAUGAUUGUAGUGUACUUUUAUUAUUAUUUUUAAAAUAUAAUUUUAACAUUGUUUUCAUUCAGCUAUGUAGUGCUUAAUAGUAACAGUAUUGUCAACGUUUAAAUGCUUGAAAUUAUAAAGUUACGUAAUCAGAAUAUAAUAUUUUUAAAAAUGGUACAUACUGAAUUUGACUUGUUCUUGUUGUAUUGACUGAAAUAUCCUGACAAUAUCAAUAUCAGCCAUGCUGACGUUUGGUGUGCAAUGUUUUCCAAAUGUUGAUGUUAUUUUUACUGCAUCUGAAUGUAAAUUCCUCUAAAUUAUCGCCCGAACUGUGAAUUGUUAUCCAUCGACAAAACGUUG